AUGUAUGAUAUUUGUAAUUACGAAACAUGUUUCAUUCAAAAGCAUGAUGCUGUUGGAGUUUUGGGUCUUAUCCCGGAGCAAAAACUUACAGCUGCUUUGCAGAUGCUUACUUAUGGGGCAUCUGCAGAGCAGAUGGAUGAGAUGGCAAGGAUGAGAAAGUCUACUAUCCUAGAGUGCUUGGUGAGAUUCUGUGAUGCAGUGGAAAAUUUGUACACGAAUGAGUACCUUCGCAAACCCACGCCGAGGGACCUGCAAAGGCUUCUACAAAAAGGCGAGGCUCGAGGAGAGUACGGGAAUCAGAAGGGCAAAAAAAGUAUAAUUUUGGAGGCCGUAACUUCAUUCGACUGUUGGGUUUGGCAUGCCUUCUUCGGGGUUGUCGGAUCUCAAAAUGACCUCAAUGUCCUUGGUCAAUCCCCGGUGUUCGACGAGGUAUUGCGAGGUCAUUCCCCCCAAGUUACGUACCAAAUCAACAAUACCGUAUACUCUGGUGCGUACUACCUUGCCGACGAAAUUUAUCCUAGGUGGACGACAUUUGUGAAAACAAUUCUGAAUCCCCCAUCCGAGAAGGAAAGAAGCUUUGCUUCCUUUCAAGAAGGUUACAGGAAAGACGUUGAAAGGGGUGCUGCUCGGAUGCUAGAUAAGGAGGUGAUGCGGAGUAUUAUGAUGACUUGCAUCAUCCUCCACAACAUGAUUGUGGAGGAUGAGUAUGACUACGAUGCUCCAGAGGUGUUUGAAUCCAAUCCCAUGAACACAGCAUUGACAAGAAAAUAUGAAAGGCCGAUGGGACCAAAUUGA